AUGUACAUUAUGACAACCAUCCACUUCUCCAUUACCGACAGGGUUGGUGCUCUUGAUGACUGUUUGGCAGCCAUUAAGGCCAACAACAUCUCUCUCACGCGCAUUGAGUCUCGUCCUUCCAAAACAGCUGAGUGGGACUAUGACUUCUUUGUCGACUUUAACGCUACCGAUGCUGAUCAAGUCCGUAAGGUCGCCAAGUCUCUUGAACCCAUUGCCAAGCAGGUUCAGAUUGUUGGUGCUGGUGGUAAUGAUGAAUUGGCCGAAUCCGUCCCUUGGUUCCCUCGCAAAAUGGUUGAUCUCGAUACCUUUGCCGACAAGGUUCUUGAGAUGGGUGAGGAACUUGAUGCUGACCACCCCGGUGCUAAGGAUGCCGCUUAUCGUGCUCGCCGUGCCGAGAUCACAAAGAUUGCAAAGACCUACAAGACCGGUCAACCUAUCCCUCAUAUCGAUUACACCCAGGUUGAGAUCGACACUUGGGGUGCUGUCUUCAACAAAUUGACUGCCAUGUUCCCUACUCACGCCUGCAGAGAACACCAGCAUGUCUUCCCCCUGUUGGUUCAGAACUGUGGAUAUGGUCCCCACCAGAUUCCUCAGCUUGAAGUUGUCUCCAAAUUUUUGAAGGAUUGCACCGGUUUUACUCUUCGCCCUGUCAUGGGACUCUUGACUAGCCGCGAUUUCUUGAAUGGUCUUGCCUUCCGUGUCUUCCACUCGACUCAGUAUAUCCGCCAUCACUCUAAGCCCUUGUACACCCCUGAACCCGAUGUCUGCCAUGAAUUACUAGGUCACGUUCCCUUGUUCGCCAAUCCUGACUUUGCUGAUUUCUCUCAGGAGAUUGGUCUUGCCUCUCUUGGUGCUAGUGAUGAAGAUAUUGAACGUUUGGCUACUAUUUACUGGUUUACAGUUGAGUUUGGAAUUUGUCGUCAGGGUGAUCAGAUCCGUGCCUACGGUGCCGGUCUUUUGUCUUCGUUUGGUGAAUUGGAGUACUGCUUGAGCGACAAACCUGAGAUCCGCCCUUUUGAGCCCGUCAAGGUUGCUCAGCAAAAGUAUCCCAUCACCGACUACCAACCUGUAUACUUUGUUGCAGAGUCAUUCAAGGAUGCGCAGAUGAGGGUCCGUGAAUUCGCCAACUCGCUCAACCGCCCCUUCUCUGUCCGUUACAAUGCAUACACAGAGAGCAUUGAGAUGCUCGACUCGAAGGAUAAGGUUGUUCGCUAUGCCCAGAGCAUCAAGACCGAUAUGCUUACUCUCGUCGAUGCUCUGCAGAAGUUGUCUUAAAACUUUUCCCAGAGCUUGGGCGUUGAUUUUAAUGCAAAAAAAAAAAAUAAAAAAAAUCUAUAUCUGUUAACUGUUUG